UUUAAUAUCUAUGUUUAAUGUUUGGAAGUAUGUAUGUAUUUAAGGAUAAAUGCGAUAUUAUAUUCCGUUGUCAAAAAUGGAUUGGAGUUUAUUGAGUUGGAAAUAUUUAACUACUAGCAUUUGAAUAUAUACACGAAUAUUCAUAUGCUAGAUUUGGAUUUCAACACAAUAUCACUGGUAGUCAAGAAUGUAGGGUAACAUGUUUAGGUGUAGAAUAGCUUGGAAUAUGUUUGAUAUAACUUCCAAGAUGCAACAGUGGGUUUAAAGGACCAAAAAAAACAAAAUCUUCAAAAAAACAAAUGCGUCGCAAAUUAAUUGGAUUCCAACAUAAGCACAUCAUACGAAGAGGAAACGUGUUGGGUGCUUCUUGUAUUUCCAAAAGAUAAGGCACGUAAAUGCCUCUCAAAAUCAACUAACAUGGCGAGCGAUAUAGACCAAGAAAAGUGUGGCAAGCAUGGAUCUGAAUAUGUGUUCUUUUGUAAAAAGCAUGCAAAUGUAGGUUGUGGCAAAUGUCAUUUGAAAGAACACGCUACCUGUGGACAAGACAUUGUUGAUCUUGAUGAUAUUACAAAGGAAAAUGUAGAUACUAAACUGGCUAACCGCCUUAGGAGAUCCAUAACAGACAUGAGCGAUAAUAUUUUACAAAUCGAAGAAAACUUGUCAGGAAGUCAGUCCCGUAAUAAAACUAGCAAAGAAGCCUGCUUAAGAGAACUGAAUGCUUACAAGAAAAAAAUAGUAGAUCGAAUUGAAAAACAAACAAAAAAUGCUAAAGAUGCGGUGACUGACAUGUACAACAAAGGUGAAGAAGACAUAAAAAUUGUCUCAGCGGCAUGUAGUGAACUAAAACAGAAAAUUACAUCGAAAAAAACUGAUUUCGAGGCUAGUAUUCGCAACAAUCAAUACAAAAAGCAAUAUAUUUUGAUGACGACGCUGAAAAAAGAACUUGAAACAUUGACAUCUGAAGUAGAGGAGCUAAAACAACGAAGUAUUACAGAGCCAAUUACAUUGGUUUGCAACAUCGAUGUGGAAAAAUGGUUUGAGGACAAAGGAUCAGACUUUAUUGUAAAAAGAGCAAGUGACCGUCUCGAUGCAAAUGAGUCAAAGCCUCCGCCGCUUCCUCCCAGACCAAUUCGUUAUAAUCCAGCGCUCGAGUGUUCCAGUGACAUUGAUGGUAAACCGGACUGUGGGGAAAUCAGAUUGGAUGAAAUUGUAUCGUGCGUACGGAUUGGACAGGGACAUUUCAACGAUUUCGCUAAAGUCUUCAAGGGAUUUUGUAAGCCAAUGAACGUAAAUGUAGUUGUCAAAGUGUACAAACGCAAAUGUACGGAUAGCAUGCGGCAAGCCUUUGCAACGCAUAUGGCAGCGCUGCGAACAUUGGAUCACCCAAACCUUGUCAAAUACCUUGGCAUUGUCUUUGAGUCACAGCCAAUUGGAAUUGUCAUGGAGUAUGUUUCAGCAGGGCAGUGUCUUCUUGAUAACCUUCGUUCGAUCAACAACAAACAAACAACGAUAGAAGCCGCCAGGAUGUGUUUAGACAUUGCUACCGGCAUGGAAUAUUUGAUCGCUCAUGGAUGCUCACACAAGACUCUCGCAGCCAGAAACUGUUUCAUAACAAACGAUUGCGUUGUAAAGAUAUCGGAUUACGGCAUUUACGGUGUUGCAACGAGUUUGACUGAUAAACUACCCUCGGGUCCAGACAAUACAAGAAAAGGAGAACGACCGACAGAGGAGUCGAAUGUCUGGAGCUACGGAGUGGUAAUAUGGGAAAUCUUUUCUAGGGGAGCCAAGCCCAAUUUCGAACGCUAUUUUAGGAACAAGGAGUUUCUGCCAGUUUCAAGAAGUAUACCUGACAGCAUCUAUCACCUCAUGAAGCGCUGCUGUGCUUUCGAUUCUAAGGAGAGGUUUCUAUUCACAGACAUCCUUAGACAGCUUCGCCGACUUAUCGAAAAUCCCCCAUCCACAGAGAAAUGGAAUUAAUCAGUAACAUUAAAGUAUGCGUUUGUGUUAGUACAUCGAUCUUCAGAAGUAUAAUGCACGCAUUCAUGCACUUUCACUAGUUAUUUAACUAUUUGUUUCACAUCGAAUAGUGACGAAGUUCUUUCGAUAAUAUGUUUAACCCUUUCAUUGACACAGAUAGUCGUCUUUCUUGAAAAAAGGCUAGCACUGACUAGCUUUUGUUUGAAUUGAUAUUGUUGUGAUCUACCUUCACCGUGAUAAAAAUGAGUUUUUAGAUGAUAUCUGGAUUGCAAAAGACUUCUGUCUGUUUUCAAAUAUGGGCAAUAUGUUGAGUGGGGUACCUAUUUUACCUAACAUAGCUCAUCGAUAUGUAUUGGUAUUCAGUUUAAAAUCAGUUAGCAAGUAUCAUAUUUUUAUCAUGUUUGUAUACGUUUGCUUUUCGGAUGUACUUGUCUAAACAUUAAAUUGCUAUUUAAACUGUAAAAUCCAUUAUAAAGUUGAAGCAAUAUUUUGUUUAUAUUGAAAGAAACUUGAUGUUAUUAUUUAUGCAAACAAAGACAUAGUUAUACAUAAAAAUAAAAUUGCAUGUGUUAUUCAAAACGGAUUUUUCUUAAUUUGAUAAAAAACGUGCCUUGGUUGCCGUUUGUGAAAUAGUGUGCAAUCGGCAUGCCUUAAUGUCAUAUAUCAGCUUAAUUUAGAUGUGGUGUUGUACGUAUACUGAUUGAGAUUGCCUUGAUAAAUGUUUACCUUAAAUCAACGUUGCUGUUUUUUCUGUAAACAGAGACAUGUAAUAAUAGAUGGAAUGCAUGCACUACUUGAUUGUAUUAAUGUAUUUAUGUACAGUGAUUUUUUAUCUGAAUUUCAUGUACCUUGCUGUAAAUGGCAAUAUUUAGAGUAUUUUUUCUCAAAUAGUAACUUGUCAAGGAUUAAGCCCAAACCUGCUUUUUAAUUCUGCAAAUGAGUGAUUUUCGUCUGGGUAAAUAGUUUAUAAAGUGUAACACAUUUGUAACACAAUGUUAUUUUGUUUAAUUUCUUAUUUCCUGUAUUGAACUAGAUUACCAUCAUCACUUUAUAAAAUGGUAAUAUACAUGUCUGAUAAUCUGCUUACUAAAAAGAUUAAUUGUUGAUGAUACCUGGUAGCUUAGACCAUAUUUUACUUGAGCACAUUUAGUGCACCUUUAAAACAGUGUUCAGAUUUUACUCAUUUAUGUUUUAUUUCCGCAUUUUAAGCAUAAUCAUGAUAUAAAUGUGUUACGAUACCCAACAUAAUCCCACAUUUUGUUGUAUUAUAUGAUAUAUGAUAGUAAAUUAGGAAUUGUGUUAACAAUUUGAUGUAUAUAUUUAUAUACUCUCUUAUAACUAAUUUACAAUGGCCAUGUGUGUAUAUAUCUCGUGUUGAAUGUGUCAAAUGUAUAUCCUUGUUUUCUCUGUACAUGGAUGAGGCUUUAAUAAACAGAAAUUAA